CGUCGGCGCCGGAAGUGGCGCCUAGCCCGCGCGCGGAUGGCAGCGGCGGCGGCGAUGAUGACGGCGGCGGGCGGCGGCGGGGCCGGUGCGGCCCGCUCUCUCUCGCGCUUCCGAGGCUGCCUGGCUGGCGCGCUGCUGGGAGACUGCGUGGGCGCUGUCUACGAGGCCCACGAUACCGUCAGCCUGACGUCAGUCCUGCGUCACGUGCAGAGCCUGGAGCCGGACCCGGGCACGCCGGGCAGCGCGCGGACAGAAACACUGUACUACACAGAUGACACCGCCAUGACCAGGGCCCUGGUGCAGUCCCUACUGGCCAAGGAGGCCUUCGACGAGGUGGACAUGGCUCACAGGUUUGCCCAAGAAUACAAGAAGGACCCUGACAGAGGGUAUGGGGCUGGAGUCAUCACUGUCUUCAAGAAGCUCCUGAGCCCCAAGUGCCGUGAUGUCUAUGAGCCUGCCCGGGCCCAGUUCAAUGGAAAGGGCUCCUAUGGUAAUGGAGGUGCCAUGCGGGUGGCCGGCAUCCCACUGGCCUACAAGAGUAUCGAAGACGUACGGAAGUUUGCCCGGCUCUCAGCCCAGCUGACCCAUGCCUCCUCCCUGGGUUACAACGGUGCCAUCCUGCAGGCCCUGGCUGUGCACCUAGCUCUGCAGGGUGUUACAUCCAGUGAGCACUUCCUCGAGCAGCUUCUGGGCCACAUGGAGGAGCUGGAAGGUGAUGCCCAGUCGGUCCUGGAUGCCAAGGAGUUGGGUAUGGAGGAGCGUCCUUACUCCAGCAGGCUGAAGAAGGUUGGAGAGCUUCUAGACCAGGACGUGGUGAGCCGAGAGGAAGUGGUGUCUGAGCUAGGGAAUGGCAUUGCUGCCUUUGAAUCUGUGCCCACCGCCAUCUACUGCUUCCUGCGCUGCAUGGAGCCUGAUCCUGAGAUCCCCUCCACCUUCAACAGCCUGCAGAGGACUCUCAUCUACUCCAUCUCACUUGGUGGCGACACAGACACCAUAGCCACCAUGGCUGGGGCCAUUGCUGGCGCUUACUAUGGGAUGGAGCAGGUGCCAGAGAGCUGGCAGCAAAGCUGUGAGGGCUACGAGGAGACGGAUGUCCUGGCCCGGAGCCUGCAUCGGGUCUUCCAGGAGACUCUGUGAGGACACAACCUCAGUGGCCUUGUCAGGCCCAUCGGGACCAAGGACAGCUCAGGUUGCAACCAGAGUCCCUUUAAGCUUGGGACUGGAGUCUGUGGGACAGUGAGGAACUGGUGCCUCCUUGAAGCAUUCUUUUCCAUCUAGAACAGGGACUUCAGUAGGUGGACUUGACCAGCGGAUACACCGUAUCUCCCUGUUGGGUUUUAAUCGCUGUGACAGGACAAAGCCAGCAGGUUGUGUGGCUCUUGAGACUGGCGACCAUCCAUUGCCGACCUGGCCUGGCCCCUCUCUGGAAUGGGGCUCCUUGACAGCCUCUGGUGGGAGUCACAGCAAUAAACGGUUUUUUGUAAA